AUGGAAAAUUAUAAAAUAGCAAUUACAAUUUUCUUAUUAUCAUUUGGAUGUUAUUAUUUAUUAAAAACUAAUAAUGAUCAGAGUAUUAUUAUUACAAUAAAUUAUUUAAAAAUAUUCUAUACAUUAAUUAUAAGUAUCGUAUUAGGGUUAUUAUUUAAAUUAUUUAAUAAAUAUUAUAAUAAUAAUAAUAAUAAUAAGAUCGAAUUGAAAACAAAUAUCGAAGAUAAAUAUGUAAAACGUAUAGAACGAAUGAUUAAUAGAUGGAGUGGUAAUAAACAAGAAGUUAAUCGAACAAAUUCACCUAAUGUAAUCAUACUUAAUCGAAAUUCUACUACUGAAAAUAAUUCAUCAUAUUAUAAUGAACCGGCAAAAUCGAUUCCAAUCUUUGAAGAAUGUGAUGUAUUAGUUGUAGGUGGUGGACCAUCUGGUAUAUCAGCUGCUUUAGCAGCUAAGCGAGCUGGUGCUGAUACUAUUCUUUUAGAAAAAUUUGGUUGUUUUGGAGGAGUUAUUACAACAGUUGGAAUGGAAACGAUAGGAUGGUAUAGAUAUGAAGGUACAAUAGAAUCACAAGGAGGUAUUGGUAUUGAAAUGGAAAAAAUUGCAGAAAAAAUGGGUGGAACUAUUAAAUGGCCAUAUAAUGAUAGUCAAUGUUUAGAUGCUGAUUAUUUUAAAAUUGUUGCCGAUCAUCUUAUAACAGAAGCUGGUGUUCGACCUAUUUUACAUAGUGUAGCUGUUGAAGUUCUUCAAGAAAAUAAUCAAAUUAUUGGAGUUAUUACAGAAAGUAAAUCAGGUCGAUUAGUAAUACGAGCAAAACGAAUUAUUGAUUGUACAGGAGAUGCUGAUAUUGCACAUUUAGCUGGUUGCAGUUAUCAUAAAACUCCUAAAGAUGAAAUGUUAGGAGUCAGUACUAUAUUUUCUUGUUCAAAUGUUGAUAAACAACGAUUUCUUAAAUAUACUGAAGAUAAUCCAGCUACAUAUGCUGAUUGGGGAGGUUUUUGGACACAAGAAACAUCUGGCAAAGAAAAUCAAUUACGAACACCAUAUUUAGAUAAAGAAUUUCGAAAAGCAGUAGAACUUGGUAUUAUUCCAAAAACAUCAAGUAUUGGUGGAUCAUGGUCAUCAUUAAGUGAUGCUGGUGAAGCUACUAAUCUUAAUUUAGUUUAUAUGACUAAUUAUGAUUGUACAAAUGUUCGAGAUUUAACAAAAGCUGAAAUGGAAGGAAGACAAGAAACAUUAAAUGCAAUACUUGCAUUAAAACAUAUUGUUCCUGGUUUUGAAAAAGUUAAAUUAAGAAAUUUUGGUAUGACACUUGGUUGUCGAGAUUCAAGAAAAAUUAUUGGACGUUAUAAUUUAACUGAAUAUGAUGUUAAAAAUCAAGCAAAAUUUGAUGAUAGUAUUGGAAUAUUUCCAGAAUUUAUUGAUGGAUAUAAUAUUAUUAUUCUUCCAACAACAGGACGUUAUUUUGAAGUACCAUAUGGUUGUUUAUUACCAUUAGAAAUAGAUAAUUUAUUAGUUGCUGGACGAUGUGUUGCUGGUGAUAAAAUAUCUCAUGCAGCAAUGAGAAAUAUGGCUGCUUGUACGGUUACAGGACAAGGUGCAGGUGUUGCUGCAGCAAUAUCAAUAAAACAUAAUGUAACAACAAGUCAAGUUGAUAUUAAUUUAGUUCAAGCGGAAUUAAUUCGACAAGGUGUUAGAUUACAUUGA